GCCGCCCACCUCCCGAGCGAUGGCGCCUGCGCAGGGGCGCGGGGCGCACACCCUGUGGAGAGCCUGCAACUGGCUCAUGGCAGCCUUCUUCGCGCUGGCUGCUCUCGUGCAGGUCAAUGAUCCAGACGCAGAACUGUGGGUGCCAUGCCAAAAGCACAGAGAACCAAGCAGCUCUCUGCAACCCUUGACCCUGAUUGGAGGCAGGAACACACUUACAAGGCACAAAGAGAGGAGGGCAAGAGAAGCAAUCAUAAUCAUAAGGUGGUAUAUGCUAUACCUGCAAUACUGACCCUACUUGUUGGAGUCAACCCUCUUGUCACAGGUAACUUUAUUUGGAAGAGUGUCUCUGCAAUCCACAUGUUGUUUUGCCUGGUGUGGGCUGUCGGCUUGGCGUACUACUUCUUACUUCACACACAACACAACAUCUUACAUGAAGAGGAAGGCAGGGAGCUGUCUGGUCUGGUGAUAAUCACAGCAUGGAUGAGCCUCUGCCACAGUUCAUCAAAGAAUCCAGUUGGUGGAAGAAUUCAAUUGGUUGUUGCCAUUGCAAUUGCUCUUUUCCCACUUAUCUCAUGGGUCUACAUAUAUAUAAACAAGGAAAUACGGUCUUCCUGGCCAACUCACUGCAAGACAGUAAUUUAAAUGAAUUCAGGAAUUGUUUUUUAAAUGAGAAUUUUCAACUUUAUUUUAUAAACAUUGGGGUAACAGGAUAAUUUCCAAGUCACUUCAGGUAAUUUGUGCUAAUAUUGAAGAUGAUAUUUAAAAGUCUUAAGAACUUUCUAAGAUUGCUCACAGUACGAGAUUGGAUGAGAUAGUAAGAAUGGGGUCUGACAUUCUCCAGAUGCCUUUUGUGAAGGGUGUUCUGCCAUAAUAUAGUGAAAAGGCACUAGAGCAAAAGUUAUGAACCAUGAGUUCUUCAGGCACCAUGAUACAUGCUUGUGGUCCCAGCUACUCAGGAGGCUGAGGCAGGAGGAUUACUUGAGCCAGGAGUUUGAGGCCAGCCUGGGCAACACAGCAAGAUCCUAUACCUCCAAAAAACUAAUAAAAAUAAAUUCAGUAUCUAUGUAACCUGGGCAAAUAUGUAAAUCUCCUGAUGGAUAUUUUCUUAUCUAUAAAAUAGAAUUAAUACAUGAUAGAGCCCUACUUAUACAUCAAGCUGGAUAAUAUGAGAGCACUCUGAAAAUCUGAAGUAUUUAUGGAUUACAAAGGGCUACACAUGGGUAAAAUAGAGGGGAGCAGAGUUUGGGUAAUAUAUUGAAGUAGAGGUAGGUUCAGGUAGCCCUGAACUAAUCACAAUAUAGUGAACUGGUACAGUGGCAUGAAAUAAAUGAGGACUCUAUAGGAAACAAGUGAACAGAAAUACCUUGAAAAGAAAAGGAAGUUGAGGAUAAAAAUGGAAUUUGGGACCUAUCAAGAUGAAAACAGGAUAUUAAUUAUUCAUAAUUACUCAGUGUUCUAAAUGAAAAAUUUAUACUACUUUUGAAAAAGAAUAUUCAAAGUAACCCUAAGGAGAAGGUUUUAGAGCUAUACUCUCCAAUAUGGCAGCCACUAGCCACAUGUUGCUACUGAGCAUUUCAGAUGCAGCUAGGGUGACCAAGAAAGUAAAUUUCUAAUUUUUUUCCACUGCCAUUUUAAUUUAAAAAUUGAUAUUCAAUUAUUAGAAAACUGUGAAAAGUUUUUAGACAACUUGGGCAUGUGAAUCUUUUUCAACUAUCAAUUUGAUAUCUAAAUGAGAUCAAGCAUUCCCAACCAAUAUUUAGUGUCCAAAUGGAUAGGCUGUAAGUGUAAGGUACACACUAGAUUUUAAAGACAUUGUACAAGAGAAUGUAAAAUAUUUUUUAUAUUGAUUGGUGUCAAAAAAAGAUAGUAUUUUAUGACGUACUGGGUUAAAUAAAAUAUAUUAAUUUUACUUUUUAAAAUGUAUCCAUACUAUGAUUUAAAUUAUGUGAUUCACCUUGUAUUUCAGUUGGACAGUGCUAUGAAUAUCAGGAUGGCAACUUUUUAGCUUAUGCUAGCAUCAAAUUCGGAUUUCAUCUGAGUAGUCAGAUAGUUUCGUGAGAUUUAGGAAAUACUUAACUCAAAAAGAAUUAGUGGGAAGAAUUAGUACAUAUGAGUCAGGAAAACAAAAUUGAGUCUGAUAGUCUAUUGUCUUAAAUAAAAUACUAAGUAUUCUAUAAAUAUUUGUUAAAGGAGGUAGGCAAUUUUUUUGUUUGUUUUUGACCCACUGACCACUAAACAAAUUCCCCAUCAAGGAAAAAUUAAUCUAGUUGGUAUUAAAGCAGCUAACGGGUAAUUUAUUUUAAAGGUCAAUAAAAUACAUAUAAUACAUUGA